UAAACUCUUGGCAGACAAACAGAAAGCUGGGCGGACGCAGAGAGAAAAGAAAAAAGGGAGUGGCAGAACCAAUUGCAAAUGCUCAUUGCCAGGCUGUUGACAUUUUAAUAAAAAUUAUUCGUCGCAUUGCAGGGAGGGGGGUGAAAUCGUUCGUUGGGGGAGGAAUGUAUAGGAAUGCAUUUAGACCAGAAAGCCUCCUAGAUGAGAUGGGGGCAAUGAGAAGAGGGCUGUGGAAAGUAGUAGAUAAAUGAUUUGAAAGCGCAUUCAUUGCCAGGAAAAUGUGUGCGAAAAUUAAUGCGAGCGGCAGCCAUUCAAAGAAUCCGUAAUGAAAACCGAUAAACACUAGCAAUGCAGCAUUCCAGGCGAAUGAGCACAAUAAAACGGAAUGUUAAAGGCCUAAAAAGUGGGCCCAUAAAGAAGACUGUAAUAAGGCUGUAAUAUUAAGGGAACUGUUGCCAAAUUUUUAAUUUAUUUAUUGGCUAUUUUCAUUAUAGAAGAUUCUUUCCGCUUCCUUUUCUUAUUAUAAACCUGAGUUAAGUAUUAUUUAUUUACAAAUCUGUAUUUCUUAUCCAGUGUUGCCAGUUUAGCUUAUAUAAGCUAGUUCUAGCAUAUUUGAAAUGGAAAAGCAUAUAAAAUUUACAGCUUAUAGCUAGCUUAUAGCUUGAAAUAUAGCUUCUUUUAAAGUUCAACCUCUUAUCUUAGCUUAACGUCGGUUCAUCGGCUAUCGGAGCUAUAUCGAUAUUUAAGGUGACCAUGUAGUCAGUCUACUACAAGUAUGACUUCUACAUUUGUCAUAAUAUUUAAUUUAUUCCGUUUCCUUGACUAUUAAUAUUACAUUAAUAAUUCCCACAUUAUUUAUUUACACUCCCUGCCACUCGACUAAUUUACGACAUAAUUAAAAUACAAAAGUAAGCCCGCAAAUAUUUGUUCUUCCUGAAACUGACAACCGGCGACAGUGGCAAAAAAAUAUAUAAAAAAUCGAGCCAAAAGUCAAACACUUGAAAUAUUAUUACGAAAAAAAUUGGACAUUGAGACUCGUAAAUCUUCGACACAAAAAAACGCAAACACAUUGACCUCCAAUAAAGUGAGCAUUUUUUCACAUUAAAUUGGAUAGCAAAAACAAGAAUAAACCAAAAUAUGCAAAUAUAAAAAGAGGAAAUAUCCAAAGAAGUCAAGGGAAAAUAAGAUGUACGCAAAUAAAUUGCAUUAUCGUUGAUUUGCAAAAAAAAAAAAAAAAUUUAUUGCAUAUAAACAAAUUGCUGAGGCAACAAAUCUAUUGUUAUUUCUGUCUGCCAGGAGGGGGUAGGGUGGGAAAUUGCAAAAGCGACUACAACGAAAAUCAAAAGGCAAUCAAAUCCUCAAAUAACCCCAAACGAAAGAAUUUCGUGUAAUAUAAUUCACUUUUACUAUUUGGGACACAAAGCAUAAAAAACCCCCCAUGAAAAGUUGUAGAGAAAGAACCCGCUGGCAUGACUGCAUAAAAUAUCGGAAAUGUUUGGCUGUAGCUUUGGCAUUAGUUCAGGGUUUCUGCUUAGUUUAGAAGAAAAAAGUUAGGCUUUUAUUUGCUAAAUUAUACGAAAAUGUUUCCUUAAAAGGUAGCUAUCUUGAAGGCAGUGCUUUUCCUUUAAAAUAUUCAUUUUUUAUUGUACACAAAUUUAGCCAAAAAUCCCUAAAAACCUCUAUAACUUUAAUCAAUAUUUAGCAGCCUUAGUAGACCUGAUGUACUUCUCAAAAACCUAAAAUAACACUCACUAAAACGUAUACUAUUGACUAUUUACUAGCCAUACCAUAACCCAAGACUUUGACUGCCACUUAUAAACUCCCAAUAUCGCUUUUACAACUGAUAAUUAAAACUGUCGCGUCAUAUCGCUUCCAUAUAUCAACUAUAAAGAUUGUAGGUGCGAUUUGACUUCUACAACAGUUUCUAAUCAGUAACAAAACUAGAAAUAAUCUAAGCCAUAUCUACACAUGUACGGUGUAGAUUGCGUUUUCCAGAGUUUUUCACAAGAGAGAGAACCUCCAAUUAUCGCAAACAGCUGUGGAAAACCCGUGAACAAACGAACCCGAGAGCUCUACAGUCCUUAAAUAUUUCCGCACAGUUUGCUUUUGCAGUACUUGCACUUUUCAAUGCCCCCCGGGGCCACCCUCCUAAAACCUCUGACUAAUUUUUGCUUUUACCCCCUUUUUUCGGGGGGAUAGAUGGGGGUUAACCCGGUCAAACAUAAAUUCUGUUGGGUCAGUUCAAACACGCACCAAAAUUAAAAAAAAAAAAAGUGUAAAAGUAAAGUGAAAAGAAUGGUGGAAGUUGAAAAAUUGUUAGGGUUGCUUACGGAAAAACAAAGAAGAAAAAAAGCCCAGAAAAUCCCCGAAAAUGGAGGGUAACAACUGCUUGGCGGCGGCUGACUUAAAGGGUUCUCAAGGAUCUUAAGAAGCCUUAACCUUGCCAGAUAACUAAUGGGUUAAGGUUGCUGCUGCUGCUGGCAAACGGAUUCAUACAUUCGGAUUCAAGAAGCAUUUCUCGUACAUUUCUCGUUAGGCGGGAGACCAAUUGACACUGAAUUUAAUUCCGCAUGAAGUGUUUUUCCAUAGUCUGACAUUUGAAUUGGUAAUUCCUGGCCUCAACCGAGAGAUGCCACCGCGAUUUGUACCCCCAAACUGGGCAUAACUGCCAGUGAUGCCUGCCCCACGCCACACAACGGAAAUUGCCUUUUUUGCGCGACUUCCGCUUUUGUGCGAGCCCCUUUCCCGGAUUUUAACCCACCGAGCAUUCAGCGAUACUUCAGUUAGUGACAGCUUGGCAAUGCCUCAUCAUGGCAAUGCACUGAAAGAAAAAAUCUAGCUAAUUUUACCUCUAAAACAUGUUUCUUCAUAAAUAUUUGGCAGAUCUUUCCCCCAUAACCUGUAGGCGUACCCAAUUCGUCUCUUUUUACUUCUCAACCAAAAACCAAUCGAAAAUUGAUCUUACCUUAGCUUAACCUAGGUUCGUCGGUUAUCGGAAUUAUAUCGAUAGUUAAGGUGACCAUAGUUGGCUAACUACAACUACACUUUCAAAUUAUCUUUCUUAAAUAAAAAUAUUGAAAAAUAUAAAUAUUUUAAGUUAAAAUUUUUCUGAGUGUAAUCCUGUUUCUCCUGCGUGCUCCUGUUCCACUUUCUAGUUCCAGCGACAUUUGGCAUGCCACGCAUAAAGCUGUCAAUGUCAAUGUAACGUGUUAAUUUCAAAGUGGUUUAGUUUGUUGACGCAGCUUGUUAGGCAGUGAGCAAAAUAACCAGGAUACGAAGUAGGAACAGGACCAGAAGCAAGAGUAGAAGUAGGACCACGACAAGGGCAACCCAUUCGGGAAAAGAGCUACUUCUUCUUCCGCCAUCUGGAGCGUAAAAUGUUAAGGCACAUGUGGUUUUUAUGCCACUCGUCGUGAGCUCUGUUGGGAGUUACUCAACAGCCUUUAUCCUUUUUACUUCCUGCUGCCUGCUGCUGAUGAUUUCUAUCAUGGCAUUUGAUUGAUUGAAACUUUUGGCCCAAGUCCGGAGGGUUAUGGCGCAUGAAAAGUGGUGAAGGGCAUCAGAGGAAUCCUGCUUAGGGAGUAGCAAGGAAGUUUUUGCUGGUUGUGGCAUUUAGUUUAUUGAGGCAUUUUGCAAGCUGUCUGCUAAGUAUUGGCAAAAUAUUUGCAUUUUAAAGUGAUUAAUUAUGGGGGUUGAUGUCUUGGCACGAUUGAGCUGCGAUCUGAGUCAAGUACAGUCACGUCAGAAAUCGAUUACCAAGGAGCAUGGCUAGCAAUUGAAAGUCAAAUUGAUUAUUUGCGGUUAAGAAGAUAAAGAAGGUCAAAAUGAAGGCCUUUUUUUUCACCUAUAAUUCUUAAAAAUAUCAUAUACUAUAAAAAGUUCUCAGUUACUCCUUAAGAAUACUUUCUAGUCAUUAUGCUAAAACAAAAGCUUACCGAAAAUCCUGCGGCUAGGCUGGAGAAAACAAUAAAGUAGGCCUACUGUCACGCCACUAAGUACAGGCAGCCCAAUUUCCAUGGGCCGUCGAUAAGUACCACGGCACGGCCUGGGCCUGAAUGAAGCAAUUCCAAUGAGUUGCAGCUAUCCAAUUUGUCGAUUCUCGCCAAAGCCCGAACAUAAAAGGACUUCUGGCUGCCAAAUUCAGCAGGCGAAUGCGAAUCCCAUUCACACGACGCUACGAGGGCACAUGGAAAAACCAACAAAAGUCGGGCCCACAUUAGCAGCUUGUAAAAACUGUGAAUGCUCUGCAAGCUAAGAGGCGUGCUUGUAGUCCUGUUUAUGCGCCAACGCCUCCUGUUACUCCUGUUUAUUCUCCGACCACCAGAACCAGAAGAAAACUUCCUUCCUCACAUAUACACCCACGCCCAAGCUCAUUACAAGGCUCAGCACCGCCAAAUGCCAACUGUCAUGUGGUUAAGGGUGAGCCCUAAACUCAGGAGUCCCAGAACAACGAGAAAAGCCGGAGCUGGGCGCCUGGGAAAUGGUGGAAAAUCUCCAGCUUCGGUUUGAGCAUCAAAAUUUUUGGCAGCAAAUAAAAUUUGCUUGUGUUUUCGAGAGAUUUUCGUUGACAAAAGGCGUUGGUGGCAUAAGGAAAUGGAACCAUAUUGUGUUCGUCCUGGCUGGCAAAUGAAUGUACAAUGCUGCAGAGAAACAAAAUUCUUUGCUUAAUUAGAUGAUAUAAUGAACAAAAAAAACUUAAAAAUAAAAGCUUAGAAACCUCCUUUUCAUCUCAAAUAGAAGUUUUACUAAGAAUUUAUUGCCAAACUUAAGAUUUAUCGCUCAGUGUGGUUAGGCAAGAAACGGAAAUGAAGGGUGGCAGGAAGGAAGUUGAGGCCUUUGGCACAAACAACGACGCACUCUAAAAUCCAAAAGCACGAGACUUUCAUUGUCAUUCGACGUAGCUCAUAAACUUGUUAACUGAAAUUGCCGUUUUGGUGUCGAUGUUGGUAUUUUGGCAUGUCUUCUGCUUUUGGUGUUUUGUGUACGGACGGGGAGAUUGUUCAUCAUUUUGUCAGCCAGCAUCUGGCAUUGACAUGCUUAAACGUGCUCCGUAACACACCAAUUCAGUGUGUGUUGUUUCGAAAAACAAAAGCCAAUUAUGUGGCCCCGGAACGCACAAAACCAUCUGCUGACCUGCUUGGCCAGACAACAACAGCAGAAAGUCAAAGCUAAACUGCAGAAAUCCUGAAAAUAGCAUACUUAUGAGGGGGGGAUAGCAGCAAAUGUUUGGAAUUUCUGGCUUUAUCUCAAAACUUCACACUAUGACUGACAAAUUUCUCAGAAUUCCUGGCGAUUUUAUUGCCUUGAGCUAAGGCUAGUACUCAUAUAUAUAAGGCCAACUAUAACCAUCAACGUGCAUGUAGUUCGCACUAAAACCGAAAAAGAAAAUCCAACACGAAUUCCGGGAAUCUUUUUUGAUUCAGAAAUUUGAUUUGUAACAGACAAGAGUGACAAUAAUCCUGGCCCCCUAUAUUUUGACCCCAUUUUCUAGUUGACCGCAAAACGCGUAUAUAUAUAUUUAUUUCGCAUGCCAGCCACAUGGCGUAUGCGCAAUAAAAAUAACUGUCUAACCGCAUAACCGACUAGCCUGAGGAAACUGAAAGUCCACGAAAGUGUUCAGUGCACUUGAAGCAAUUUGUCUUGCCAGCUACGUGACUUAUUCCACUCGCCUGGUACUCCAUCAAAAACACGAAAUAUGUUCUCUGUGUGUUGCCUAUGCUAUGCUAUAUCCAUGCCCCAUGUCUCAUUUUAUUACCUUUUUCGCAUUCACUCUGCUUUUUGGCGACUUUACGAGGUCAGCACUUUCACUGGCGGCACUGAAAAUCCUUGCAACUAUCCAACCGGAUGUUUAACUGAUUGCACAACAUGUUGCACCAACACCGUUGCCAUGCACGCGACAGCCAUUUCCGUUCCAUACCAUUUCGUUUCAACGCUAAGCGCUGCUCAUUAGGUUAUGCAAGUCGCUGAUAAAGUGACGGCAGAGGCUGCGGCACUGGAAAAAAUAAAUCUAAAAAAAAUUUAAUAUUAUAGAAAAUAUUUCUGCUGAUUUUAAGCCUUCAAGGAAACAAUUUGUAAUUCUAAAAAAAUAAAAAAAAAAAAAAUCUAAAACAAUCAAUGAAAUUUAAGAAAAUUUGUUCUCAGUAAAAACAGAAACAGCCACCGGAUUAUCAACGACUAUCUCAAUGUCAAGUGCCAAGAGCUUAAAGAGCCCAGCCCAAGCCAGCAGAGUUUUAGAAUCAACUGAAAGAUAAACUUGAAGCGGGCUUAGACCGCAAAAACAGCCACGUGAACAAAAUCCCACACAGUACAGAAAGUGGCAAGAAAACGACAGCCAAGAAGAGAGAAAAAAAAAACAAGACAGUAAGAGAAAGGCUUAGGUAAACACACUCAAAAGAUAACGCCCCCAUUGUGGCAAGCAAACAUAUUGCAACAAAAGUUGAAAGGAAAAGGCGGUGGCGACUUAAACACACUCAAGAUACUGCGGUGCAUUUGUCUUAAUUUGUGACAAAUGCAAGACAACACAAACAACCUGCCAACACUAUGAAAAAUGCCACGGAAAUGGAAAAGCACAAUGAAAGAUUUUCCCUUUUUAAGUCAGUUUAAGGCUUACAUGAAAGUGGAAAGGUAAUGCACUUUUACAAAGGGUUUUUUUUAUAUUCUGAGAAAGGAAAUCAAAUAAUAAAAAAGUAUAUAUAUAAUCUUAAGAUUGUUUUUAAAAUACUUUGAAAAAUAUUUAAAUUAUUUUUUCUCAAAGAAUUUCACUCUCAAGGCUCAGAAAACUAGAGAUCUUUAUAAAAGUGCAACCAAAGUCUUGGCUAAGAACAAAAGUCCUAACAAAAAAGGCAACUAAAUAAAAAGGUGCAAAAGUACAAGACUGGAAGACACCUCCUCCAUUAGCAGACAAAUAAAAAGCAUUCGCUAUGAUUCGCAACUAGCUAAGAACCUAUUGUCACAUACUCUUCAAAUUGAAAACAGGAAAACUCAAGAAAAACUCUAAAUUUUUUGUUUGUAAAAAUUCUAUAAUAAAUUUGAAAAUAAGUUGCUAAUUCGUAGGUCAAAGAACGAUGGCUGCCGGGAACAGAAAAGUCAUUGUUGUGGAGUCAAAGAAUGCCUACGAUCAGCUUCUCGACGAUGCAGGUUCCAACACUUAUGUCCUCGUCGAAUUCUAUGCUACUUGGUGUGGUCCCUGUGCUAUGAUCGGUCCACGUUUAGAGCAAUUGGCAACCGAAUACUCUUCAAGGAUGUUAAUCCUAAAAAUUGAUGUGGAUCAAAAUGAAGAUCUAGCCGUUCAGUAUGAGAUCAGCAGUAUGCCUACUUUUAUUAUUAUCAAGAAUCGGGUGACCCUUACCCAGUUUGUGGGCAGCAAUGUCGAUAGGGUCAUCUCGAUGGUAGAGAAACAUGUUGGAAAAAUGGACGAAUCCAAGGCUGGCAAGGCGACGGAAGGAACUAAAGCUUCUGUGUCGAAAAUUUAGCGAUCACGGAAAUGUAUUUUGGCUUUCAUAAUGUUAACAUGAUUAUCAAAAUUAAAGUGUGUUACAAAAA